AUGCCUUCGCACCAGAACGAGCCCAUUGCCAUUAUUGGUAAUGCUUGCCGUUUCCCCGGCGACUCUACUUCUCCUUCCAAACUUUGGGAUCUUCUGAAGCAGCCCCGUGAGGUUUCGCGCAACAUCGACCGUUUCCAGUCUGCUGGUUUCUACAACAAGGAUGGUCACUACCACGGCGCUAGCAACGUCCAGCACUCUUACCUCCUGAACGAAGACCCCCGCCUUUUCGAUGCCCAGUUCUUCAACAUCCCUCCUGGUGAGGCCGAGUCCAUCGAUCCCCAGCAGCGCAUGAUUCUCGAGACUGUCUACGAUGCCGUCGAGACUUCCGGUCUGGUCCUCGAAAACCUCCGUGGCACGAACACCGCCGUUUACGUUGGUGUCAUGUGCGACGAUUAUGGCAACAUUUGCUACGUUGACCAGGAAUCCAUUCCUACUUAUGCCGCUACCGGCACUGCCCGCAGUAUCCUGUCCAACCGUGUUUCCUUCAUCUUCGACUGGAGAGGCCCUUCGAUGACCAUCGAUACUGCCUGCUCCUCGUCUCUGGUUGCCCUUCACCAGGGUGUUCAGGUUCUCCGUAGCGGCAAUGCCCCCGUUGCCGUUGCCGCCGGUGCCAACCUGAUCUUCUCCCCCAACAUGUUCAUUGCCGAGUCCAACCUGAACAUGUUGUCGCCCACUGGCCACUCUCAGAUGUGGGAUGCCAACGCUGACGGCUAUGCUCGUGGUGAGGGUAUUGCCGCCGUCGUCAUGAAGCGUCUCUCUGAUGCUAUCCGUGAUGGUGACAACAUUGAGUGCAUCAUCCGCGAGACUGGUGUCAACCAGGACGGUCACACUCCCGGUAUCACCAUGCCUAGCCAAGAGGCUCAGACUCGCCUCAUCCACGAGACCUACGCUCGUGCUGGCCUCGACCUUUCCAAGCCCGAGGACCGCCCCCAGUACUUCGAAGCCCAUGGUACUGGUACCAAGGCUGGUGACGGUGUGGAGUCCAAGGCCAUCUACAAAGCCUUCUUCCCCGAGUCGGAUGAUGAGCACGACACCCUCUGGGUCGGUUCCAUCAAGACCAUCAUCGGCCACACUGAGGGUACUGCCGGCAUUGCUGGUAUCAUGAAGGCCUCUCUUGCUAUUCAGAACAACACGAUUCCUCCCAACAUGCACUUCAACACCCUGAACCCUGAGAUCAAACCAUACUACGGAAAGCUCCAGAUUGCUACCACUGCUCAGAACUGGCCCAAGCUGGCUGCUGGCUCGGUCCCCCGUGCCAGUAUCAACAGUUUCGGUUUCGGUGGUACCAACGCCCAUGCCAUUAUUGAAGCUUAUGUGCCAGAGGCGCCCAAGGCGCUUACUCAGGCAGCUCCUGCUGUCGCGAACCCGCUGGCUCUGACCUUCUCUGCUACUUCUGAGAAGUCGCUGACUAACUUGAUGGCUAACUACCUCGAGUAUCUCUCUGAGAACUCCGAGGUGGAUAUCGGUAAGUUGGCGUGGACCCUGCACGACCGCCGUUCUACCUUCACCUACCGCAGCUCGGUUGCCGCUCAGACUCAGGAUGAGCUCGUUACCAAGCUGCAGAAGGCUGUGGAGGACCAGCAGUCUGGAAACUCUUCCGCCGUGACCCGUGGCACCUCAGCCAAGAAGAACCUUCUCGGUGUCUUCACUGGUCAGGGUGCUCAGUGGGCCACUAUGGGUAGAGACCUCAUUCAAUCUUCCAAAUUUGCCGAGAACAUCAUCGACAAGCUUGAGAAGUCCCUCGGUGAGCUUCCUGAAGGCGAUCGCCCAUCUUGGUCUCUCAAGGAGCAGAUGUGCUGCGAUCCCUCCAAGUCGCGCAUCACUGAGGGUGAGCUGUCUCAGCCUCUCUGCACGGCCGUCCAGGUCAUGUUGAUCGAAAUGCUCAAGGUGGCCGGCAUUGAAUUCGACAGUGUCGUUGGUCACUCCAGUGGUGAGAUCGGCGCCGCGUACGCCUCCGGCUUCAUCAAUGCCACUGAUGCCAUUCGUAUUGCGUACUACCGUGGUCGCUAUGCUUACCUGGCUCGUGGACCAGAGGGUCAGCGCGGUGGUAUGUUGGCUGCCGGCACCACUCUGGAGGACGCCCGCGAGCUUUGCGAGCUUCCUGCUUUUGAGGGCCGUGCUAGCGUUGCUGCUUACAACUCUUCGGGUUCCGUCACCCUGUCAGGUGACUUGGAUGCUAUUGAGGAGAUCAAGGAGGUUCUUGAUGAUGAGAAGAUGUUCAACCGUCAGCUCAAGGUUGACACUGCCUAUCACUCUCACCACAUGAUCCCUUGCUCCAAGAAGUACUACGAGGCUCUUGAUGCUUGCAAAAUCAACAUCAUGACCCCAUCUGGACGCACCAAGUGGUACUCGUCCGUGUACGAUGGCAAGGUCAUGGAGCCCUGCGAUGCUCUCAAGCACCAGUACUGGGUUGACAACAUGGUCAACAUUGUUCUGUUUGCUACUGCUCUUGGCUCUGCUCUCACCAACUCUGAGCCUAAGCUCACCCAGGCUAUUGAGGUCGGUCCUCAUGCUGCGCUCAAGGGCCCUGCCUCCACCGUCAUUGAAGAGACUAUCAAGUCUACUAUUCCUUACACCGGUACCCUUGCUCGUGGCCAGAACGAUGUCAGCUCCAUGGCCAGCUGCUUUGCCUUCCUCUGGGCUCAGUUCGGUCGCUCUUCUGCCGACUGGAAGGCCUACUACGGUCUCUUUGCGGAGUCUACUCCCGAGACUAUGCUCAACCUUCCCAGCUACCCCUUCAAUCACGAGCGUCUCUUCUGGUUUGAGGCCCGUAAGUCUCGAGUCAACCGUCUCCGUGAGGAUCCUGCCCAUGUCCUUCUCGGUACCCGCACCGACACCAUCAACGAGCGUGAGAUCCGCUGGCGCAACUACAUCCACUCUGGUGAGAUUCCCUGGCUUCAGGGACACAAUAUCCAGGGCCAGACUCUGUUCCCCGCCGCUGGUUUCCUCGUCAUGGCUGUUGAGGCAGCCCGCAUUGCUGGCCGUGCCGAAGCCAUUCAGGCCAUUGAACUGAAGGACUCUGCUAUUCACCGUGCUCUGGCCAUCAGCGAGGACAAGGGUAUCGAGACUCUCUUCACUCUCUCUAAUGUCACCAUCACUGAGACUGGUGAUGGCACUUCCGUCCUGACUGCCCGCUUUGCUUGCGACGCUUGUCUUCAGAAGCAGUCUGACAACUUCGUCUCCAUUGCCAGCGGUGAUGUUAUCAUGACCUACGGCACUCCUUCUUCCUCCGCUCUUGUUGAGUACCCUAAGGAAGAGGGUCUUGGCAUGCUCGACGUCGAUGCCGACCUUUUCUACGCUUACCUUGCCAACAUUGGCUACAACUACGCCGACAUGUUCAAGGGUAUCACCUCCCUCCGCAGAACCACUGACCUCGCCCAGGGUGUCAUCACCACCAAGGUUCCCGAGUCUCUGGCGAACGACCCCAUCGAUCAAUUCCUCCUCCACCCCUCUACUCUCGAUGUUGCUUUCCAGGCCAUCUUCGCUGCCAUCUCCUUCCCCGGUGAUGGUGCUCUCUGGGCUCUGCACAUUCCCACUACCAUUCGCCGUGUCACCAUCAACCCUGUUGUUUGCCCCAUGAACGGUGGUGUUGAUGAGCAGGUCCGCUUCUCUGCCACUUCCAACCGUGCCGACGAUGGUACCUUCUCUGGCUGUGUCGAUAUCUUCCCUGUUCACAGCGAGUACUCGAUGUGCCAGGUUGAGGGUCUCGAGGUCAGCCCCGUCUCCCCUCCCACUGCGAAGGAUGACCGCCCUUUCUUCGGUCAGACCAACCACUGGCUCAGCCUUCCUGAUGCUGAUUCCUUCGCCACUGCCCUUCGCAUCAGCUCUGCCCAGGAGACUGAGAAGUCUCAGCUCGACCGCCUUGCUGUUUCGUACCUUCGCAACAUUCUCCAGUCCUCCAACCACGAGACUGACCAGCUCAAGGGCUGGGCUCAGACUGUUCUUGCCAACCUUGGCAAGAAGGGCUCUCUUCCCGCCAUCGAGCAGUCUGAGGUUGCUGUUCAGGACAACUCUGCCUACAACACCAACUUCAGCAUCCUGAAGACCAUUGGUGCCGGUAUUGAGAAGGGCGAGCUUCCCCAGGGCACUGACGCCGCUACUCUUCUCAACACCUUCUACGAGACUUCUCUCGGUGCUGCUGAGGCUCGCGAGGCUCUCGGUGUUCUUGCCCUGCAGAUUGUCCGCCGCUACCCUCACAUGAACAUUCUUGACCUCUCCAGCGGCUCUGGCAGUGUCACCAAGACUGUCAUGGACAAGAUUGGUGCCCUCUUCUCCGCUUACACCUGCACUGGUGCCACUGAUGAGCACUUUGCUCAGCUCUCCAAGGAGUACCCUGCUAUCUCCACCAAGACCAUUGACUUCUCUGAGGAUCUUGAGGAGCAGGGCUUCUUCGCCGGUGCUUAUGACCUUGUCAUUGCUGGCAACGGUUUCCACAGCAUCAAGGACAACGUUGAGGGCAUGCAGAAGCUCCGCUCUCUCGUCCGUCCUGGUGGUUACCUACUGGCCCAGCAGAUUACCAACUCUGAGUCUGCUCAUGUUGGCCUGACUGUUGCCAGCGUUGCCCUCCAGCCUGAGGAGAUCAGCAGCACUGCUUCUCUUGUCGCUGAUCUCGGCGAGUACGAUGACAUUUUCCGCACUGCUGGCUUCUCUGGCAUUGACACCGUCACUCCCGACUCUGCCAGCCCCUUCACCGUCUUUGUCUCCCAGGCUAUUGACCAGCAGAUCCUCAACAUCCGUGAGCCUCUGCAGUCUAGCAAGGUUGAGCUCGAACACGUUCUCCUCAUUGGUGGCCAGCGCUUCCAGGUUUCUCGCAUGGUCGAGACCAUGAAGAAGUCCCUGGCUCCUUACGCCAAGAACAUCGACACCAUCCGCUCUCUCAACGAGCUCGAUGCUUCUAUGUUGGCCACUCGUCCUUACAUCAUCUCGCUUACCGAGCUUGAUGACCCUUUCUUCGAGAACCUUACGGAGACCAAGUGGGAAAAUCUCAAGACCCUCUUCUUCCGUUCUCGCUACAUCCUCUGGGCUACUCAGGGUGCCAACGGCGAUGCUCCUUAUGCCAACGUCAUGAAGGGUGUUGUCCGCUGCAUGCUUGUUGAAAUUCCCCAUCUUCACGCCCAGAUGUUCAACGUGGAGGGUCAGCUGAAGCCCGAGCAGCACGCUCAGACUAUGGUCGAAUCUGUUAUGCGCCUUCAUAUCUCCGACACCUGGAAGGACAAGGUCCCUGCCUAUGAUCCUCUCUGGACUGUCGAGCGUGAAUACAUGCUCAAGGAUGACAAACUCUGGAUCAUGCGCUACGAUUCGGAAGAGAAUCUUAACGCUGGCUACAACGCUCUCCGUCGCCGUGUCGUCCAGGACGUUUCUACCAAGGAUCAGGUUGUUGCCCUCACCCCCGAGAAGCAGCUCCAGCAGUACCGCCUCUCCCCCAAGGCCACUGUUGAGAUUGAGGGCAUCCCCAACAGCACCAUCACUGUCCACCAGUCCCUCUCGUCCGCCAUCAAGGUUGAGAACCUUGGUUUCAUGCAUCUCAGUGUUGGUAAGGAGGCUGAGACUGGCUCAACUGUUGUUGCUCUGUCCGAGAAGAACCAGUCCUCUCUCACCCUUCCCAAGUCUCGUCUUCUCCCCGUUGAUGUCCCCGAGGGUCAGGAGCGCAGCCUCCUCAUGGCUAUUGCCUGCAACAUGCUUGCUUCUGACCUGCUUGGCAAGGUCACUGCUGGUGACCGUAUCGUCCUCCACGAGCCUCCCACGGUUCUGACCAAGCUCCUGACUGAGCGUGUCGCCAAUACUGGCGUCCAGCUGCUCUUCACCACCACCCGGAGAAAGGCCGCUCUCCAGGCUCAGUGGAAGCACAUCCACGCUUACAGCACUGACCGUGACAUGCGCCAGAUCACUGCCGCAAACACUGCCGUCUUUGUUGACUUCUCCAACAAUGAGAAGCGCCGUGAUGUUGUUGAGCACCUCACCGAGGGUCUUCCUUUCGGUACCCGCAAGUACGAGCUCGGUGAUUUCCUGCCUUCCCGUUCUAUCCUCUACUCCGACAGCACCGAGGAGCAGGUCAGCGCUGCUCUCGAGAAGGCCCACUCGACCGCCACCGCUGAGCGCAGCUCCGUUCCCUUUGACACUGUCGCCAACACUCGUGUCCAGCAGAUCGCCGGAGACGCUGACUUGGCCGAGACUCUCACCACUGUUGACUGGACCGAUGCUACUCCUUUCCCUGCUAGUGUCACACUCGCCAUGGACGAAGUCAACUUCCGCCCCGACCGUACUUACUUCCUCAUUGGUAUGACUGGUUCUCUGGGUCUGUCUACCUGCGAGUACAUGAUGGAGCGUGGUGCCCGCUUCUUUGCCCUGUCCUCUCGUCGCCCCAACGUUGACAAGCGCUGGCUCGAAAAAGUCAGCAAGGCUUACGGCGCUGUCGUCAAGGCUUUCCCUCUUGACAUCACCAGCCGCGCCAGUCUCCAGAAGGUGCACGAUGACAUCAACGACACCAUGCCUCCCAUUGCUGGUGUCGCCAACGGUGCCCUGAUCAUGCGCGAUGGUCUCUUCAUGGAUUCCAGCUGCGACACCAUGAACGAGGCUCUUGGUCCCAAGGUCGCUGGUUCCGUCUUCCUCGACGACCUCUUCUACAACGUCAACCUGGACUUCUUCAUGCUCUACUCUUCCCUUGUCUACGUCACUGGUAACAUCGGUCAGACUUCCUAUGCUGCCGGUAACGGUUUCAUGGUUAGCUUGGUCCACGGUCGUCGCGCUCGUGGCCUCAACGCUUCCGUUAUGAACCUCGGUGGUAUCAGUGGUAUCGGUUACAUCACCCGCACUGACCACGGUAUUCUGGGCAAGCUUGACAUUCUCGGUUAUGGUAUCAUGUCUGAGCUUGACUACAAGUACUUCUUUGCCGAGUCCGUCAUGGCUGGCGCUUCUGACUCUGGUCGCAACCCUGAGGUCUCUGCCGGUCUUCGUUAUGUCCAAAAGACUGAGAAGAACCCUCCCAAGUGGGUUGUUGACCCCAAGUUCUCUCACUACGUCAUUGACCGCACUUCUCGUGAUGGUGGUGACAAGGGUGGCGAGAGCGGUAUGUCUACCAAGGCCCAGCUUCUCGAGGCUACCACCGAGAAGGAUGCCUUCAACAUCAUCCUGAACGCCCUCAUUGCUAUGCUUAGCAAGAAGCUUGACCUUCCUGCUGGCGAGAGCGUCCACUCGGAUGUUGCCAUUGUUGAAAUGGGUGUCGACUCUCUCGUUGCUGUCGACCUCCGCUCGUGGUUCUCCAGCGAGUUCGAGCACGACAUUCCCGUCAUCAAGAUUCUUGGUGGUGCCACCCUCGCCGACCUGGUCGAAGACACGGUCGCUAACAUGUCUCCCGAUAUCUGCCCUAACAUCGCUGGUGGCUCUGGUGAUGAUGCUGAUGCUAAGCCUGAGGCUGCCGCUGAAGCUCCUACCCCUGCCGCUGCUGUUGAGACUUCCAGUGGUGACUCUGCUUCCUCCAGCGAUGAGCGUGAGAGCGCUACCUCUGUCGAGACUGCUCCCGCCCCCGCUGCCAAGCCUACCAAGGAGGUUGUUGCUGCUCCCGAGCCCACGGUUGCUGUUGUGCCCAAGAAGAACUUUGUGCGUGAGGAGAAGAUGACCCACGGUUGCUCUCGCUUUUGGUUCCUCCGCCAGUACCUCGAGGACUCUACCUGCUUCAACGUCCUGGUCCAGACUCGUCUCAACGGCAAGAUUGAUUCUGCACGUCUCCAGGAGGCUGUCCGCAAGCUUGGUGCCCGCCAUGAGUCUCUCCGCACUGCCUUCUUCGUCUCCGAGAAGGGUGAGCCUCGCAUGGGUGUCAUGACUGACUCCCUUCUCCGCCUCGAGGUUGAGAAGAUCCAGGAGAUCAGCCAGGCUGAGAAGGCCUACAAGGACAUGAUGGGCUACAACUUUGACAUUGAGCGUGGUGAGGUCAUCCGCAUGCGCCUGCUAUCCCUCUCCGAGACCGACCACGUCUUCAUCUUCGGUGUUCACCACAUUGCCAUGGACGGCUUCUCUUUCAACCUCAUGAUUCGCGAUCUCGACAUGAUGUACCAGGGCAAGCCUGUUCCUCAGAUCCCUGCUCAGUUCACCGAUUUUGCUAUCCAGCAGCGUCGCGAUGUCGAGGCCGGUCGCAUGCGCAACGACAUUGCCUUCUGGAAGAAGACUUUCUCCACCAUUCCCGACCCUCUCCCUCUCUUCCCCUUCACUGGUGUCGGCAACCGCAUGCCUCUUGUCAAGUACGAGCACGAGGAAGUUGAGAUCAACUUGGACGCCGCCAUGGCCCAGAAGAUCCGCAGCCUCUGCCGCCAGAACCGCUGCACUACUUUCCACUUCUUCCUUGCCACCUUCCAGAUCUUCCUUUCCAAGUGGCUUGAGGUCGAUGAUCUCUGCAUUGGUAUCGCUGAUGCCAACCGCAGUGACAUCAAGACCCUGUCCACCAUCGGUUUCCUUCUCAACCUUGUCCCUCUCCGCUUCGGUGCUCUGAACGGAAAGGCUCCUUUCUCCAGUGUCCUUGCUGCUGCUAAGCAGACUGCUUACAACAGCCUGGCUCACUCCAAGCUUCCUUUCGACCUCCUCCUUGAGGAGCUCAACCUCCCCCGCUCCUCUUCUACUAGCCCUCUGUUCCAGGCCUUCCUCGACUACCGUCAGCUUGCCGUCAAGACCCCUCCCAUGCUGGAGUCUAACGCCGAGGGCGAGCAGAACUUUGGUGCUACUGCCUACGACAUUGUCCUUGAUGUUACUGACUACGCUAUGGCUGACAUCAAGAUCAAGUGGCAGACCCAGAAGGCCCUUUACAACACCAAGCACACCGAGGCCCUGAUGGAGAGCUACAUGAACCUCCUCAACCACUUCGCCAACAGCGCCACUUCUUCUGUCGAGUCUGCUCCUCUCUACCGCUCUGAGGACGUUGCUGCCGCCGUUCAGGCUGGCCAGGGCUCUCAGUUCGAUGCUCAGUGGCCUGAGACCAUCUCCCUGAAGAUUGAUGAGAUGUCUGCCAAGGCCCCCGAGGGUGUCGCUCUUGUCGAUGCCUCCAACAAGUUCACUUACAACUCCAUGAACCGUCUCAUGGAUCAGAUCACCGAAGAACUUGUGCAGGGUGGUGUGAAGCCUGGCGACAAGGUCGGCAUCUUCCAGCAGCCUUCUAGCCUCUGGAUCAGCUCUCUCCUCGCUGUCUGGCGUGCCGGUGCCGUCUAUGUCCCUCUUGACCCCCGCAACGGCGUCCCUCGUCUUGCUUCCACCGUCGGUGUUGUUCAGCCCCAGGCUAUUAUCCACGACAGCGCCAAUGCCAAGGAUGUUGCUGCUCUUGCUGCCCCUGCCGGUGCCAGCAUUAUCAACAUCAAUGAUGUCCGCAAGAAGGAUUCUUCCGUUUCUCGUCGCCCUAACCUUUCAACUGGCAACUCCUCUGCCAUCAUUGUUUCCAGCUCUGGCUCCACCGGUGUUCCCAAGUGUAUCGAAGUCCGCCACUCCAGCUUGGUCAACCUCUUCGAGGGUGACAGCCAGACCUGGAAGCUCGGCACUGCCAAGGUCCUUCAGCAGAGUGCUUUCAGCUUCGAUAUCUCUCUGGAUCAGAUCAUGACUGCUUUCAUCAACGCUGGUACUCUCUAUGUCGCCUCCGAGGAAGAGCGCACCAACCCUGAGCUGAUUGCCAAGGUCAUCGUUGAGAACGACAUCAACUACACUACCGCUACUCCUUCCGAGUACUCCAACUGGAUCGGCUUUGCCACUGAUAUCCUCUCCAAGGCUUCCAGCUGGCGCAUCGCCAACGUUGGUGGUGAAGGCUGGAACAGCACCCUUCGCGACUCCUUCGCCAACCUCAAGCUUUCCGAGCUUAUGAUUCGCAACAACUACGGUCCCGCCGAGGCCAGUGUCUGGGCUACCCGCCACCCCAUUCAGUACCCUGGCAACGGCACUCUCAUUCCCGCCGGUCCUGCCCUCCCCAACUACUCUUUCUACAUCAUUGACAAGAAGAACAACGUUGUUCCCAUUGGUGUCCAGGGUGAGAUCCUGAUUGGUGGUGCUGGUGUCGCUGUCGGAUACUACAAGAACGCCGAGCUCACCAACGAGAAGUUCAUCGUUGACAAGCAUGCUUCCGAGACCCACAUUGCCAAGGGCUGGAACCGUGCCUACAAGACUGGUGACAAGGGCUACCUGACCGAAGACGGUACUCUGAUCGUUCAGGGCCGUAUCAGUGGUGACACUCAGAUCAAGCUCCGCGGUUUCCGUAUUGAGCUUGAAGACAUCGAGACCACCAUUGUCCACGCUUCUCAGGGUGUUCUUACUCGUGCUGUCGCCAGCGUUCGUGGCGAUGGUCCUGCUAGUUUCCUAGUUGCCUUUGCUGAGUUUGCUGAUGGCUACCCUGCCGAUGAGCAGGACGCUUACCUUUCCAAGCUCAUCCCCAAGCUGCCUCUGCCUCAGUACAUGCGCCCCAACAUGAUGAUCCCCAUCGUCGACAUCCCCGUCAACUCGCACAACAAGGUCAACCGCCUUGCCAUUGCUACCCUCCCUCUCCGCACUUCCUCCUCUGACAACUCCUCUAACACCGAGCUCACGGAAACCGCCAAGACUAUCCGUGAUAUCUGGGUUGAGAUCCUUCCUGAAACUAUCAUUCAGAACACUACCCUCAACGCCUCCAGUGACUUCUUCGUCCUUGGUGGCAACUCUCUCCUUACCGUCCGCCUCCAGUCUCGUCUCCGUGAGAUCUAUGGUGUCUUUGUUCCUCUCAUCAAGAUCAUGGAGUCUUCCACCCUCUCUGGCCUCGGCAACACCCUGGACGAGCUUAUGUCCAGCACGGAGCUCAACUGGGAUGUCGAGACUGCCCUCAGCGACGAGAUGCUGAGCGUCACUCCUGUCAACGCAAAGACUACUCGCCCCAAGACCUCUGACCUCACUGUUAUCCUCACUGGUGUUUCCGGUUUCAUUGGUCGCCACCUCCUCCAGCGCCUGAUCGAAGACAAGAAUGUUUCCGCCAUCCACUGUGUGGCUGUUCGCAACAUCGAGAUGGACAGCCCCUCCCGCCAGAAGAUGAAGGCUCUCAUUGCCUCCACCGACAAGGUCCAGCUCCACCCAGGUGAUCUCUCUGAGCCUCGUCUUGGUCUCUCCGAGGCCGAGUUCGAGACUCUCUCCAAGAAGGCCGACAUGAUUGUGCACAGCGGUGCCAACCGUUCCUUCUGGAGUGCCUACGACAUGGUUCGCGCCCCCAACGUGCAGUCUACCAAGGAGCUUGCUCUGAUGGCUGCUACUGCGCUCCGUGACUCCAACAAGGUCGUCCCCUUCCACUUCAUGUCCGGUAGUGAGGAUGCCGGCGUCGAGCCCUCCACUGAUGGUUCCAACGGCUACGUCGCCUCCAAGUGGGCCAGUGAGCAAUUCCUCCAGCGCUUCUCUGACAAGCUUGGUCUUCCCGUCCACGUUCACCGACAGCUUCCUGUCCCUGAGGGCCGCACCGCACAGGGUGAGGAACUCGACAGCAUUCUGCAAGAGUUUGUCGAUGUUGCUGCCAAGAUGCCUGAGCUGCCCAACCCUGACACAUGGCGCGGCUACUACGACCUGAUCCCCGCCGACCGUCUCUCUGACGACGUCGUUGAUCUGGCCAUGUCUGCUCUGGUUUCUACCGACAACACCUUCAGCAAGCACUCUCACUACAGCUCUGUCCGCAUGGACAUUGGUGAAGUGAUCAAGAAGAUUGACUCUCUUGAUGAGUACAAGAACACCGAUCGUCCCCUAAUCCCUGCUCACGUUUGGGUUGGUAAGGCCAAGAUCGCCGGUUUCAGAUACCAGUUCUCCACCAUGAAGAUGUCCCUGCAAGAUGCCGAGGGCAAGAACAUGGGCUUCCUUGAGCGGUAA